AUGGAGGCAGUGACAGGCGUGCCCAUCGUGUGUCUUCACAACACAGGAGGUGCGGCUGAAAUGUUGGGUGCUGCAGUUCUCCGGAGACGCCAGCCCCAGCAUGCUGAACACUCGAAGUUCAUGUAUGGAUAUGAGCUGCCGGAAAAUGUACCUGAUGACCAGUUCUUGAUCCUGAAUCCAGCAAAGGAUUCAGUUGAAAAGGUCAUCAACAAGCUGACACUCGUUUUGUCCACGGUCCAAGAUGAUGAAAUGAUGGAGAUUGGCUUUGCCAAGAGCGAAGAAAAUCGUCUCCGAUAUGCUUGGGAACAAUACUUGCUCUAUGCCUACAACGCGGCGAUUUUCCGACGAAGAGCUAGAAUCCUCCAGUACACUGCCCUGGUGCUUUCAGUUGUUGUGACCGUGGUUGCUAUCUUGUAUCGCGAAAGCACGGCGAACCCAGACUCACCUUUGCAAAAGGAAGAGCUCAGAGUGAGCUUGCUGGUCCUGCCCUGUGUGAGUGCUUUUGUUCUGACCUCAAUCAGCCGAUUGAACUUUGUCAACAAAUGGGCAGCUUUGGAAAGCGGUGCUGUGAAUGUGAAGAGCGAGAUCUAUCAGUACCGCUGUCGUGUGCUGUAUUACCAGCCUCGGAAGUCCAACGACAUGGACAUUGAAGAUCGCGUGGAGGAGCUCUGUGACAACCCUCCCAGCACCGCUGACCUAGCCACCCUAGCAGCUCUGAAGAAGAGGCAGAAGAAGGCUGAGGCAACAGCCCCAAAGGGAGUAACUCGUCGAGGCACUUUCUCAGCAGCUUUAGCGCAAAUCAACUCUGAUGCCACAGGCUCGGAUGUCCGGGCUGACUACUUGUCUAUGCCGCCAGCUUCGGCCAUGACAAAGCUGAAGGCUAACCUCUAUGACUGGGACAAGGUGCUUGCCUCCUACCACCAGCGCACUUCCUCCACUUCCUAUUUGUGCUGCAAAAGGCUCUGCAAUCCCUGCAGACGUCCUUCUGCGAAGGUUCUGGAUCUUGAGAACAUUGAGGACGGCCCAUGGAACCAGGCUGGCAGCGAUUUCCACCCAAACCCCUUUGCAAUUGAUGACGACUAUUUGAAUGAUGAUGGAACAUCUCUAGUGACGGCCGAGGACUACAUCCAUUUCCGAUUUUUGCCCAUGCUUCAGUACUACUCUUGGCGCAGCCGCGACCUUUCAAGGAAAGUGCUGGUUCUUCAAGUCUUGACCUACUUUCUGACCGCAGCAAUGGCGGCUGCAACUCCUCUCGGCUACGAAGCUUGGAUACCAGUCCUGGUGUCUUUCAUCUCCUUUUUCACGGGGAUCAUGGAAUUUGAGGCCUUGUCGUCUCAACUACGCAAUGUCAAUCAGUCCUUGGAGUCACUCAAGAACCUUCAUUUCUGGUGGCAGAGCCUUUCAAUGGUCGAGCGGCGAAUGCCCUCCAACAAGAACGAGCUAGUGGCUUGCACAGAGGCGACGGCUGACAGUGAGAUCUCCGCAUGGAAAAAGACAUUGAAAGUCAAGAGUGUGACAUCUGGCGGUUCAAAUGGGAAAGAAGAGGCUGAGGAGGAUUCGGAUUGA